AUGGGCGAGCACGCAAAAGCACUUUUAUCCUUCGAACGUGCACUUGAAAUCUACAAAGUAGCUCUUCCACCGAAUCAUCCUGAAUUGGCUACUGCCUACAACAACAUUGGUGGAGCGUAUAGAAACAUGGGCGAGAUCGCAAAAGCACUUUCAUAUUACGAACAAGCACUUGAAAUCGGCAAAAUAGCUCUCUCUCCGAAUCAUCCUGACAUGGCUACUUCCUACAACAACAUUGCUGCAGUGUAUUAUAACAUGGACGAUUGUUCCAAAGCACUUUCAUCCUACAAACGAGCAGUUGAAAUCUAUAAAGUAGCUCUCCCUCCGAAUCAUCCUGACUUGGCUAGUGCCUACAACAAUAUUGGCUUCGUCUAUUCUAACAUGGGCAAAUACUCGAAAGCACUUCAAUAUUAUGAACGAUCACUUGAAAUUCGGAAAGUAGCUCUCCCCCCGAAUCAUCCUAACAUGGCUACUUCUUACAACAACAUGGCUGCGCUGUAUAAAAAGAUGGGCGAGCACGCAAAAGCACUUUCAUAUUACGAAAAAGCUCGAGAAAUCGAGUAA